AUGGACCUGGCCACCAUACGAGACCUGGAGGCCCUGGAGGCCCUGAAGGGCCUGAAGAGCCUGAAGAGCCUGAAGAGCCCGAUGCCCUCAAGGGGCGUGGCAUCUGUGGUGGACCUGAAGAAAAACCUGCAGCACGCCGCCUCCGUCCUAGAGUCACUUUACAUUGAAGAAACCAGGCGGCUGGUGGAUCCAGAGGACGAGCUGGGGGACCUCCGGUCAGACUCAGUGCCCUCAGAGGUUCGGGACUGGCUGACUUCCACUUUUACCCGGCAGAAGGUUCUGACGUUGCGCCGUAGCGAAGACAAGCCACGCUUCCGCAGCAUCGUCCAUGCCGUGCAGGCUGGCAUCUUUGUGGAGAGGAUGUACAGACGGAGCUCCAACAUGGCCGGUCUAAGUUAUCCCCAAGAUGUCAUCACUGUGCUCAAGGACGUGGACAUGUGGUCCUUUGAUGUGUUUGCACUGAACGACGCCAGUGGGGACCACGCUCUGAAGUUUGUCUUCUAUGAGCUGUUCACCAGAUAUGACUUGAUCAAUCGUUUCAAGAUCCCUAUCUCUGCCCUCAUUUCAUUCGUGGAUUCGUUGGAGGUGGGCUACAGUAAACACAAGAAUCCUUAUCACAACCUGAUGCAUGCUGCUGAUGUCACACAGACCAUCCAUUACCUGCUCCUCAAGACCGGCAUGGUGCACUGGCUAACUGAGCUGGAGAUCUUUGCCAUCAUUUUUGCAGCUGCCAUCCACGACUAUGAACAUACAGGAACCACCAAUAACUUCCAUAUUCAGACCAGGUCCGACACAGCCAUGUUGUACAAUGACCGAGCGGUUCUGGAGAACUACCACGUCAGCGCUGCGUACCGCCUCCUGCAGCACGACGAGGACAUGAACAUCCUCUCUAAUCUCUCCAAAGAUGACUGGAGGGAGCUGCGAGCGCUGGUCGUGGAGAUGGUGCUGGCCACAGACAUGUCGUGCCACUUCCAGCAGAUCAAAGGCAUGAAGAGCCUCCUGCAGCAGCCUGAGGCGAUUGACAAACCUAAAGCUCUAUCCCUGCUGCUGCACACUGCUGACAUCAGCCACCCUGCCAAACACUGGGACCUCCAUCAACGUUGGACUACAUCACUUCUGGAGGAGUUCUUCAGACAGGGGGAUAAAGAAGCAGAGCUGGGUCUCCCUUUCUCUCCUCUGUGUGACCGCAAAUCCACCAUGGUGGCCCAGUCUCAGAUUGGAUUCAUUGACUUCAUCGUGGAACCAACAUUUACAGUGUUGACAGAAAUGAUCGAGAAGAUUGUGUCCCCGCUUAUAGAGGAAGCUUCGCACUGUGGAUUGGCUGGCGUCAGACGCUCUAGUGUCAACAGUAUCAUUGGCAGUGAUGGAAAGCUGUCCAGUGUGAAGAGUACAGGUUCAGAGGGCAGCUGCUGUCCGACCCUGGUGGACUUCAAAGGCUUCAAGGUCACAUGGAACAAAGAGAUUUAUCACAACAGGGAGACAUGGAAGGCCCAGGCAGCCAAAGACCUGCAGGAGGAGGCAAAGGAGGGUGGCCAGCAAGAGGAGAAACAGUCGAAGACACCCACUACAGGACAGGUGGAGUCGGAGAACCGGAUGCAGGAGGAGGAGGAGGAGGAGGAGGAGGAGGAGGAGGAGGGAGGCACUGAUCCAGGUGGACCUGCUGGAUCAGUUCACACAGCCAAGAAGAGGCAUGAGGGCCACGGCGCUCGGCUGAUCCAUUACUGCAAGAGACCCGCCUGCUCCUACCGGAUGAUGAGGUCAAAGGUCACUGAGAUGCGGCCCAUUGAUGCCCGGGGGAAAGCCAGGAGACUGCAGCACAUCUCCCUGCGACGCCAAAAGUGACCUCACAAA